AUGCAGCUGAGAGUACUAGUUGUCUCUGUGUUCAAGGGAGGCAGCACAUAUGCCCCCGACGUGCCAAAGUACAGCCGCGAAUUCCUCACAAGGCGGUUCAUCGUCUUUGCUGGUAUUAUUGUUGGGUACUCGUGCUACUACCUCACAAGAAACAGCUUGGGAUUUGCUGCCCCCGUCAUGGUUGCUGACAAGUCGCUGAACAUGGACAUCACAAAUAUCGGUGCCCUGACUUCGAUCUUUCCCAUCUUCUAUGGAUUCAGCAAGUUUGCAAGUGGUGUGCUGGGAGCCCGCACGCCUGCCCACAUAUUGCUUGGCUCGGGCCUUAUUGCGACUGCAGCUGUGAACAUCUGCUUCGGAUUCGGCACUUCCUUGGCAUGGUUCAGUGUGUUCUGGGCAAUGAAUGGACUGCUACAGGGCUUGGGUGGACCAUGCUGCGCACGAGUGCUGACCAAUUGGUGGGCUUCGGGUGAGCGUGGCACAUACUGGGGAAUGUGGAACAUAGCCCACAACGUGGGUGGCUUCCUUGCCCCAAUAAUCGUUGGGACAGUUGCCACAAAGUUUGGGUGGCGGUGGGGCCUUUGGACCCCAGGCGUUAUUGGAGUCAUCGUUGGCUUGGCAGUUCUGUUUGCGGUCCAAGACAACCCAACGUCCUUGGGGUACCCGGCUGUUGAAGAGUCAGUCAAGGAGGAGAAGCCCACAGAGGAUGGCACUGCUGGUGACAAGCCCAGUUUGCUGGAUCUGCUGAUUCAAAACGUGCUGAAGAACCCCUACAUCUGGGGUAUGGCACUUACGUACUUCUUCAUUUACGUCAUUAGGCAGGGCGUGACCUCAUGGUUUGUCUUCUAUCUCAUCACGGCCAAGGGUGUUGGCGACGCCGGCUCCGCAGCGGUGCGUGUAUCUGGGAUGGAACUCGGUGGCCUUGUGGGCAGCCUCAUAGCUGGCAGGUUCAGUGACUGGAUGAUCCUGCACGCCAAGCCUGGGCAGGGGGCUGUAGGGAAACGGGUGCAGGUUGUUAUGAUGUACACCUUGGGCGUAGCGGUUGCGCUUUUCUCCUUCUGGAGCCUUCCUGGCAACCUGCCAUGGUUGCAGUGGAUUAAUGUCUUCAUGGUGGGGUUCUUCCUGUAUGGUCCCCAGAUGCUCAUUGGCCUGUGUGGUGCUGAGCUGGUGGGGCCUGAAUCGGUGGGCGCCUCGGAAGGCUUCCUUGGAUGGGUUGCGUACCUGGGAGCAGCCAACGCUGGCAUCCCGCUGUCCAUUCUCGUCAAGAGCUUUGGCUGGAGCUAUUACUUUGGGGCGCUGAUCGCAGCAUGCGGUGGCGCGUUGCUGCUACUGGCGCCAAUGAUGAACUUGAAGAGUCAUGUGCAGAGGGAGGAGGCAAAGCUGAAGCUGAAACCCGCCUGA